CCGGGACCGGGCUGCGCGCUGCCCGCGCUGCCGGCGCAGUUAAACAGCCGCGGGGAGCCCCGCAGCAUGGGGCUCGCCUCCUUCCCAGCCACAGCCCCGCUCCCGGCCGUGCCAGGAGCGAUAGCCAGCUCCGGGGUGAGAACUAGGAAGGCGGUCAAUGAAUAAAUGCUAGGGAUAAGGCUCAGCCGGCCCCUCCGCGCAGCGCCGAGCGCAGGGGGAGGCGGUCUGCGAACGCCAGCCAGCUCCCACUCCCUGUCUUUGCAACUCUAGGUCGCCUCCUAAUUUAAAGCUUUGCACCAAUCCCCUUUGCCCGGAAAGGAGAGGAAAUCUAGAAAGAUGCCAGGCUGCGAAAAGGGACCCCAAUUCACAGCGCCGGUCCCAGGCGCUGCCUGGCUGAGCAGAGCCAAAGUUGGUCAGAGGAGCGGGAAGCGGGUGCUCCAGGGGAGAGGGGAAAGGAGGGGGAUCAUCGCUUGGUGAUCACGACCUCUCCGUCCCGUUGUCCCCCUCUUCUCCUUCCCUCGCAGCUUACCUCUGACCACUUAGGAGGCCUUGAUGAGUUUCCAUCGGGAUCCGAUCCAAGGUGGGGGGGAGAAAGGGUGAUUGUUCCCAGAGGAAGCGGCUCACACAAGUUUGGGGGGUGAGACUCCCCGCUGGAUGUUUAACGAGCACAUCGGGAGGCCCGCGAUGCCCGGGGGCAGCUGGAGACCCUCACCAGGACCCAUCCUCAUUGCACGGUAGAGAAUUUGCUGGAGGAGAAUCAACAGAGCACCGGGCUCAGUUACAUCCUGUUUCCUGUGUAAGACCUGUCAAGCAACUCCUAUCAACACGUCUGCAAGUGAGUAGACACACACGUUCCUGAGACAUGGAGGAGCUGCAAGGUGAAAGGCAAUGCCAUUUACAGAAACCAGCACCUAUGAAGGAGUCAAGGGAAUGAGAGCAUCCUCCCUGCUGUAGCUCUAGAGGCCCAGUGGAAAGACCUGUUGGCUUGUUCUUCACUGGCCUGUGGAACAGCACUUCAUAUCUGGCAAUGGAUCAGAAGGACUGAAGAGCAUUUUUGCUCCCACCAAUGUUUCUUAGAGCUGCUAAAACAGGACCAAUGAAGAUGUUCACCAGACUCCAAGUCCUUGCGCUAGCUUUAUUUUCCAAAGGAGUUUUCCUUUCCUUAAGUGACCACAGCUUUGUCAGAAAGGAAAUUAAGAUAGAGGGAGACCUGGUCUUAGGAGGCUUAUUCCCAAUCAAGGAAAAAGGCACUGGGAUAGAAGAAUGUGGGAGAAUCAAUGAAGACCGAGGCAUCCAGCGCUUGGAGGCCAUGCUGUUUGCUAUUGAUGAAAUCAACAAAGACAACUAUUUGCUGCCAGGAAUUAAGCUUGGAGUUCACAUCUUGGACACAUGUUCCAGGGAUACGUAUGCCUUAGAACAGUCUCUGGAGUUUGUCAGGGCAUCUUUGACUAAAGUGGAUGAAACAGAGUACAUGUGCCCUGAUGGCUCGUAUGCCAUCCAAGAGAAUUUGCCACUGCUCAUUGCAGGAGUCAUUGGUGGUUCCUACAGCAGCGUCUCCAUACAGGUGGCAAAUUUGCUCAGACUCUUCCAGAUCCCUCAGAUAAGCUACGCCUCCACCAGCGCCAAGCUGAGCGACAAAUCCCGCUACGAUUAUUUCGCACGGACGGUGCCCCCGGACUUCUACCAAGCAAAAGCCAUGGCUGAAAUCUUGCGGUUCUUCAACUGGACUUACGUGUCCACGGUGGCUUCCGAAGGAGACUACGGGGAGACGGGGAUUGAGGCCUUUGAGCAGGAAGCUCGCCUGCGCAACAUCUGCAUCGCCACCUCCGAGAAAGUGGGACGGUCCAACAUCAGGAAGUCUUACGACGGCGUGAUCAGGGAGCUGCUGCAGAAGCCCAAUGCCAGGGUGGUGGUGCUCUUCAUGCGAGGCGACGACUCCCGGGAGCUCAUCGCGGCCGCCAACCGCUUCAACGUGUCCUUCACCUGGAUUGCCAGCGACGGGUGGGGAGCGCAGGAGAGCAUUGUCAAGGGCAACGAGCACAUUGCAUCCGGGGCCAUAACCUUGGAGCUGGCUUCCCAUCCGGUUAAAGAGUUUGACAAGUACUUCCAAAGUCUCAGUCCUUACAACAACAGGCGCAACCCCUGGUUCAAGGAUUUCUGGGAGCAAAAGUUCCAGUGCAACCUGCAGAACAGGAAACCGCAUAGAAAGGCUUGUGAAAAGCACUUCACCAUCAACAGUUCCAACUACGAGCAAGAAUCCAAGAUCAUGUUUGUUGUGAAUGCUGUGUAUGCAAUGGCUCAUGCCUUGCAUAAAAUGCAGAGGACUCUCUGCCCUAACACCACCAAACUCUGUGAUGCCAUGAAGCAUCUGGAUGGCAGGAAGCUGUACAAAGAUUAUCUCCUGAAAGUAAACUUUACAGCUCCAUUCAACCCUCCCAAUGAUGCAGACAGUAUGGUCAAAUUCGAUGCCUAUGGAGAUGGGAUAGGACGCUACAACGUGUUCAAUUUCCAGUUCACUGGAGACAGAUACUCCUACGUGAAGGUUGGUCAGUGGGCAGAAACUUUGUCACUGGAGGUAGACUCUAUCCACUGGUCCAGGAGCUCUGUCCCUGUCUCCCAGUGCAGCGACCCCUGCGCUCCUAAUGAGAUGAAGAAUAUGCAGCCAGGAGAUGUUUGCUGUUGGAUUUGUAUUCCCUGUGAAACCUAUGAGUACCUGGCUGAUGAAUUCACUUGUGCAGACUGUGGGCCUGGAAAAUGGCCUACAGCUGACCUGACUGGCUGCUAUGACCUACCAGAAGACUACAUCAAGUGGGAAGAUGCUUGGGCAAUAGGUCCCGUUACCAUCGCAUGCCUGGGCUUUAUUUGCACUUUCAUGGUCAUUGGAGUGUUCAUCAAGCACAACAACACACCCCUGGUCAAAGCUUCUGGCCGUGAACUGUGCUACAUUUUGCUCUUUGGGGUCUUCCUGUCUUACAGCAUGACUUUCUUCUUCAUAGCCAAGCCUUCCCCAGCCAUCUGCACCCUCCGCCGUUUAGGGCUGGGAAGUUCCUUUGCCGUCUGCUACUCUGCCCUCCUGACAAAAACGAACUGCAUUGCCAGAAUAUUUGAUGGCGUGAAGAACGGUGCUCAGAGGCCCAAGUUCAUCAGCCCCAGCUCUCAGGUGUUCAUCUGCCUGAGUCUCAUUUUGGUACAGGUGGUGGUGGUGUCCGUGUGGCUGAUCCUGGAGGCGCCGGGCACCAGGCGAUACACGCUUCCCGAGAAGAGAGAGACUGUCAUCCUGAAAUGCAAUGUCAAAGAUUCCAGUAUGUUAAUGUCCUUAACAUAUGAUGUCAUCCUUGUGGUUUUAUGCACUGUGUAUGCCUUCAAAACCAGGAAGUGUCCAGAGAACUUCAACGAAGCCAAGUUUAUCGGUUUCACAAUGUACACAACGUGCAUCAUUUGGCUGGCCUUUCUCCCUAUAUUUUAUGUGACAUCCAGUGACUACAGAGUGCAAACCACCACCAUGUGCAUCUCUGUGAGUCUCAGUGGCUUUGUUGUGCUGGGCUGCUUGUUUGCACCCAAAGUGCACAUCAUCCUUUUCCAGCCCCAGAAGAACGUGGUCACUCACAGGCUCCACCUCAACAGGUUCAGUGUCAGUGGGACCGGGACCACUUACUCCCAGUCAUCUGCCAGCAUGUACGUGCCAACCGUGUGCAACGGGAGGGAAGUUCUGGACUCCACCACUUCGUCUCUGUGAUUGUGGCUCGUGGUUCAGUUCUUGAGUUUUUAGACUGUUAGGCAAAAUUUUGCACAUGUUGUGCACUCCAGAAAACACCAGAAAACAAAAGACAUCCAAGCAAAAUUAGUACCUUUUUUUAGAAACAGUGUAAUAAAUUAUUUUUGAGGAUUGUACAGUAUAUAGUGACGUUCUGGAACUUUUUAGACUGAUUUUAGCCCUUCUGUUGUUAACGGUUGUAAGGGACAUGUAAAUAACCAUGGUUCACAAUGUGCAUAGUCCUGCAGUAAGGGAGUGAUUGUUGCAAGCACAGUUGCAAUGUUAGGUGACUUCUUUCCUACGAAUUUUUUUUGUAGCUCCUUGUUGUAAUUAACUUAGACUGCAUUUCUAUGUUGUAUAUUACAGUUACCUUACGUGUAACAGAUUGGUUUUCUCAGCACAAAACAGCAGUAUUAAUGUAAAGGCACCAAUAAUAAAAAGAUAAAAGUUUUUCA